UAACAUACAAUCUCAGUAGGCGUGACACAACUACGUAUUCGCUGUAGUAAUGAUUACAAAUUGCUCGUGAUAGAUCUUCCACAGUGAUGGAGUCGAGGGUCACCAGUGGCACAGGUCAGCCGAACACCAUUAUGAUCCAGCUGGUGUCCCAGCAGCCGAGUUCCUGUGGACAGAUGCAGGCCAUGCCCAUCUCGGUGCAGACAAUACCCUUGUUUCCCAAUUCCAGACAAACGACAGAGCGACCUUGUCGUUCGGUUUCCAUUGCGCCGAAUAUAAGAUCUCCGCCGGACGGACCUCCUCGACCGAAUUUCAGAGUCCGAACCGAGGACUAUGCUCCAACCAAGCGGAAGCAUUCGCAAAGCCAGUUUCGUCCUUGCUCCCGUGGCACGAACCAACCGCCACCGGUGUACUAUGUUCUUCGUCCAGAGGACCGGAUUAUGCCCAUCUACAUACCAGCUCCUAGGCUUUGCAAUGGGCAAGGAGCAAAGAUGGAGACGGGGUGUCCUUGCUGUGGGCGUACAACGACAUUGAACACGGAGGUGCCUCUAGGAGUACACGUACCACAGAAUCCGUUUGCCAAAGCAGUGGGUCAUCAGAAGGAGGAUCCUGGACAACGGGAUCAAUGCACGAACACCAUUGACCAACCAGAUCUGGGGAAUUUAAGAACGAUCUACGAAACUUUAGGACGUGCAAUGGUUACCGCAGCCGUAGAGGCUGCCCAGCGAUCCCAGUUAGCAGGAGCCUCAGACUCAAAGGAUCCGACAAACAUAAUAAUGAAAUUAUUAACCCAGAUGGGGGAGCAGAAUCAAACAGCAGGUGGGAGUCCAGUUUUAGGAGGAGCAGGAAUUCGGGACGAUCAACCAGAUAUGAGCAAGCGAAAAGCCAGCUUUUCGGGGGCAGUUAGCUUGGUGAGGCCAGCGUCUAACACAUCCAUUAGUGAAGUGUCAUCAGAUGAGCUUGCUGACCAAACUAGGCUUCCAUCUAUACUAUCUGAUGGUCGUUUACGCGUCGAGUACCCCAAAACGCCGAGGCCAACACCAGCUUUCUCCGUCGAAUCUGGGAACACGCCCAACAGCCAUAUGUCUACGGAGAGAUUGAGACUCGAUUCUGGAUCCUCGUCAAACGUGGGGAACUCUAUUGGACAAAGCAUGGCAUAGCCAGUUCUCUGUCCCUCGAUCAGCAGGUAUCCCAUAUACAACUUCAAUAGUCUCCAAUCCUUUGGGGGAAUCAAGCGAAAAAUCAAAUAAAAUGAGUUCUUGAGCACAUCGAA